AUGCCAUUCAAAGCCAAGGUUGACGCCAAUGGCAAGAAGCAAAAGUUCGACCGCAACGUUGCCUUGGAGAACAGACUCCUUAAUGAUUUCAACAUUCCCAGAGAUGUAGUCUUUAGUUGGAAUAGAGAACAGCAAAGUGCCGAACUCGAGAGACUCGAAGGUAGGGCUGCUCGUAGUCGCGAGGUUGUGCAGGAUGAACUUCUUGCUGAAGCUCGUGAGAACUUUGUUCCUCCUCCCAAUCCUCCUGCCCCUGCUGCUGUUGAAGCUGCUGAGGCUGAAGCUGCUGCUCCUCUUGAGCAGGUUGACACUAAAGCUGAACAUCCCACCGCUAUGGACAUUGAUGAACAAGAGGCUGUCGACAGACUCCUCGAAGCCGCAGAGUCUCCCAAUUUUAAUCAUGAUUGGCUGCUCCAACAGCCAAUGCAACCUCCAACUGCUGGACAGAUGUCCGCUGAGGCUAUAGAGAUGUCGUCUCAGCUCCUGGAUCCGCUUGAUGACCAGACCCGUGAGCAACUUAGCAAUAUGUCUCAUGAACAGCAGGUAGCCAGAGUUCAAGAGAUUCUUGCUGAACAAUGGAGCCUCCUAAUGACUCCUCCCGAACAGCCACCAGCAGGUAAUUCAUUGGCCAAUAUUCCUGCUGACCUCCACCCUGUGGCUAGUCAACUUCCUAUCCACCUCCAAAGCCUGAUCGCAGGAACCGAUGAAUAUGCUCAACGCAUGGUUCUUGGAAUGCCCGAGCCCGAGAUGUACCGCCAACUGUACAGAGGACUAAGAACGAGAAUCUCGCAAUACAACCAACAUCGCGAACAACUCAGACGCCAAAUCGAACGAGAUGCUCUGCUUUCUCUCAACCCUUAUGUAAGUAACUGGCUCCAAGGCACAGAUAUCACUACACAACAAACCUACCUCGGCUCUGACUGGUUCCACCGUUAUGCAUUUUUGGUAGACAACAACAUGCUCACUCACAUUCGAAACUGGGGUCCCUAUGGUGGACCUCCGGUUUCUGUGCCUGAAGAUCUUCGCGCUACUGAACAGAUUGCCAUGCGACAUAAUAGGAACACUGAUCGUCACGCUUGGGUGUACUCUGCUGAAAGAGUGCAGUGGAUCAGGUGGGUCAUGAGAAACCGCGAGGCAUUCAAUCGCGCAAGGAGAAAUCGCUAG